AUGGGCAUGAGCAAGGUGAUGAAUCUCGACAAGAACGGCUGGAUUACCAAGUACGGCCUUUUUACGGAGUUUGCCUGGAAAAAGAAAACGCUCACCUUUGACGAGAGCUACGUCAUUGGCUACGAUCCUCGGGGCUCGCUGCCGCUGGAGACAAAGUGGACGACCAUCAACUUGCCCAUCUUUCUGGCCGUCUACUCCACCAAGAGCAUCAUGGAGACCUUCUACAUGCGCUUCUUCGGCCCCCUCGUCUACAAUGCCAUCGUCAAGGCGCUGCAGAUGUCCGGCGAGGAGCUGAUCACCGAGAUGACCGGCUACCAGAUUAUGAUCAGCUACGAGCUGAAGAUCCUCAAGUACCUCGAUAUGGCCCUCCUUAGUCCGCUGCGAAGCCUCGGCAUGCCCAUUCCCCAGGAGCUCGGAAUGUGGGGCUUCGUGCUGCGAAACAACUCCUUCGGCGUGACGACCACGCCCAACGGUGGGUGGAUCGGCCCCUUCGAGCAGUGGCACACCACGGAGGACGGGCACAUGCAGGGCGAUAUCUACAGUGCGCUGCACUUUCGAAGCUACCCCUUGAAGGAGCCGCCCUGUGAUGUGAUGGAAGGGGGCGAGGGCUACUUUAUGAAGCGACCAUUCCGAGAUGAUAAGCUCACUUUCACCAUCUUCUUCGUCUGUCGACCACUGGUGAUUAAGCGAGAGUACACCCACUACUUCUACGGCUCCUUCGUCAGCCGCUUCAAGGUGGACGAUGACAUGUUCAACUACUCGGGCAUUCCGGAGAACGCCUGCCACUGCCUGAAGGAGAACAAGAGGGACUGCGACGGGUACUACCUGCUGGGGCCCUGUGUCUUCAUGAUUCCCAUCGGCAUCAGCUUCGCCCACUUCUACAAGAGUCCCCGGCAGCUGGCCAAGGUGACGGGCCUGAAUCCGACGGAAGAGGAACAUGCCGCCUACGUGGAGAUGGAGGAUGAGCUGGGAUUUCCGGUCUUCGCCCAGGUGGCGCUGCAGAUCAUUGUCGACAUUGGGCCGAUCUCCUCGGUGCCGGAGCUGGCGCAUAUUAAGCCGCUGCAGUAUCCGAUUGCCUGGGCUAAGGUG